UUCUUGAGUUCUUAUCUGCAUGUUUUUAAAUUGGAUUCAUCAGGUUCAUAUCUAAAUUUCUCCGAGUCUUUGACAUAUAUACGCAUAUAUAUUGGCAGGCAAGGAGUGUUCUUAUAUUCAUCAAAAUGGAGAAGCUUUCUCUUGCUAGGUGGCUGACAAUGGUUGUUUGGUUCAUCUUCUUCUUCUCCGUUACUGCUGCUUCUUCUGGCAGGGAGAUUUUGCCAAACGAGUACUGCUCGUCACCUGGGGUUCGGCUAUAUUGGAAGAAUCAUCACAGACACAGAAUGGUGAUUGAUAAUGGCCUUGUCCAAGUUACCUUGUCGAAUCCAAAAGGUGAUAUAACCGAAAUACAGUAUAAUGAAAUCGGUAACGUGCUUGAAAUUCACAAUGGUGAAAGUAAUCGAGGGUAUUGGGAUGUUGUCUGGAACAAGCCUGGAACUCGUGUAGCAUAUGAUAGGUUAAAAGGAACAAACUUUAGAGUUAUAAUGGAAGAUGAAAACCAAGUGGAAGUUUCAUUCACUAGAACCUGGAAUGCUUCCAUUGGUAACUACACAGCCCCUCUAAAUGUAGACAAGAGGUAUAUAUUGAGACGCGGGAGUUCAGGGAUCUACAUGUAUACUAUAUUAGAACGCUUAGAAGGAUGGCCUGAUUUUGACAUGGACCAAAUUAGGAUUGUUUGCAAACUUCGAAGUGACAAGUUUCAGUUGAUGGCAGUAUCAGAUGAUAAGCAUAGGAUCAUGCCAGCACCUAAAGACUGCCGCAGGGGACAGCGUCUUGCCUACCCAGAAGCUGUUCUCUUAACCGACCCAGCUAACCCCAAACUCAAAGGAGAGGUGGAUGAUAAGUACCAAUAUUCAUGCGAGAAUAAAGAUAACAGGGUUCAUGGGUGGAUAUCACAGGACCCACCAGUGGGAUUUUGGAUGAUCACACCCAGUGAUGAGUUCCGAGCAGGUGGGCCUAUCAAGCAAGAUCUCACCUCACAUGUAGGCCCUACCGUUCUCAAUAUGUUUACGAGUACCCAUUACACUGGUAAGGACUUGAAUACGCAAUACAGAAAUGGGAAGCCAUGGAAAAAAGUAUUUGGCCCUGUGUAUGCCUUCCUGAACUCCAUUUCAACAGAUGAGGAUCCCAUGUUACUUUGGGAAGACGCUAAAGAACAGAUGUUGAUAGAAGUCGAAAGUUGGCCAUAUGAUUUUCCUCAGUCGGAGGAUUUUCCUUCUUCACGUCAACGAGGUUCCGUUUCUGGUCAAUUAUUAAUACAUGACCGGUACAAUAAUAAAAGGUUGAUGUGGGCUGGCUCCGCCCAUGUGGGUUUGGCUGCACCAGGAGACGUGGGCUCAUGGCAAAGAGAUUCUCAGGGCUAUCAAUUCUGGACUCGAGCUAACAAGGAGGGAUAUUUCUUAAUUGAAAAUGUUCGCGCUGAAUAUAAUUUAUAUGCUUGGGUUCCUGGAAUCAUUGGGGAUUGGAAAUUUGAUGUUAAUAUCAGUGUCCAAUCAGGAUAUGAAAUGGAAUUAGGUGUCCUUGUGUAUGAGCCACCAAGAAAUGGUCCAACCCUUUGGGAAAUAGGCAUCCCUGACAGAACUGCUGCUGAGUUCUUUGUGCCAGACACAUAUCCAACACUAGAAAAUAAAUUAUACGCAAAUCACCCAACAGACAAGUUUAGGCAGUAUGGACUAUGGGAAAGAUACACUGAUAUGUAUCCUACCCAAGAUCUCAUCUACACUAUUGGUAUUAGCAAUUAUAGUCAAGAUUGGUUCUUCGCCCAGGUUCCUAGGAAGACAGGAAACAACACAUUUCAAGCAACUACAUGGCAGAUUAAAUAUGACCUGGAAAAUGUGAAUCGAACCGGAAGCUACGCGCUCCAAGUGGCCUUGGCAUCAGCUUCUGCAGCAGAACUACAGGUUCGGUUCAAUGAUCCAAGUAAGCGUCGACCUCACUUUUCAACAAGGCUAAUAGGCAGGGACAAUGCCAUUGCAAGGCAUGGAAUUCAUGGUUUAUACUGGUUAUACAGCAUCAAUGUGCCAAGCUAUCUACUUAGGGAAAGAAACAACACUAUUUAUCUAACACAAUCAAGAAGUCAAGGCCCUUUCUGUGGAAUCAUGUAUGAUUACAUUCGCUUUGAAGGCCCUUCACAAAGUAAUACUUAAUUAGUUUCAGAAUGAUUCCUUUUUGCACCUCACACAUACAAAUACUUGUUACUUUACUACUCUUUGAGUAUAAUUAAGGAAGCCAGAUGGGAGGGUAUAAUUUUAGAAGCAGACUAUUCUUACCCAUUAUUUUCCCUUUGAUGCUUACAAGUGUAUACCAAAACAAUGUGCAUAACAGGUGUAUAAGUUUUACAGUUGAAUCAUAUAAAUUUUUUUUUUAAUCUA